GAGCCAAUUAAGCUUUCCCCGUCACCACCACAUUAUAUCCCCACUCUUCUCCCACCACUACAAUUUUCUUCUUUAACAUCACAAUUUCUAGCCACACAGGUAAAUUUGUUUCCUUUCAUUUCAGUUCUUUAGAAGAUUCAUUUUUCUUUUUGGAAACCUGAAAAUUUUGUUUCUAAUCAUAAUUAUUUUCCUUCCAUUGAGUUUUAGAGGGAUGAGUAAUUCAACUUUGUGCCGCCAUGCUAUAUAUGUAUAAUACGUAGGUAUUAGUUUGGUUUAGAUGGUGUCCAUGGUGGUUCUAGUUGGCACAAUGCCUUCCAUGGCUUCCCUGGUUAGUUUGGGAAGUGCGGGGGUAACCGGAACCAGUUCAUCAGAAUCAUCGUAUUCACUAGUUAGAAGAGUUUCAUUAUCUAAACGAAAUUUUGGAGGCACGAAGAAGUGGCUCUGUAGAUACUCGCUUACAACAACCACGACCACUGAUUUCAUUGCUGAGCAAGGCAAUGGAGCGUCCUUAGAUUCUAACACACUUAGAAGUAAAGUUAGCAGUGAUGAUGCGGAGAUUGUUCUUAAGCCAGCCCCUAGGCCGGUUUUGAAGUCCUCUGAGACUAUUUUAGGGAUUAAUUCAGUCCCCUGGGACAAGUCAGGAAUUGGUGGGCAAUCGUCAGAUGGGGAGAGGUCAGAUGCGGAAGAAGAGAGGAAUAAGGUGAUUGAGUCACUCGGCGAGGUGCUGGAGAAGGCUGAGAAAUUAGAGACUUCAAGGCCAGUUAGAAAGGAGAAUGACAAUGUGGGUAAACAAACACGAUCUAAUAUGAGUGGUGAUAAGGUGAAUGCAGCAGCAACCCGGAAGACUAAGACUUUGAAGAGUGUAUGGCGGAAAGGGGACACAGUUGCAUCAGUUCAAAAGACUGUUAGUGAGUCUCCCAAGGUUAAUAACGGGGCUGUGAAAGAGGAACCUAAGGUGGGAGGAGAUGUGAAAGUGGGAUCUCAACCAUUUAGACCCCCUCAACCACCUUUGAGACCUCAACCAAAGUUACAAGGAAAGCCAUCUGUAGCUCCUCCGCCGGCAAUAAAGAAACCUGUUUUGAAAGAUGUGGGGGCAGUUUCAAAGUCUUUAGUUACAGAUGAGUCAGAUUCUGACACGAAAACUAAAGAACGGAAGCCUAUUUUAAUAGACAAAUUUGCAUCAAAGAAACCUGUGGUUGAUCCACUGAUUGCUCAGGCUGUUUUAGCACCUACAAAACCAGGGAAGAACCCUACCCCUGGAAAGUUCAAGGAUGAUUAUAGGAAGAAAAACAUUUCAGCUGGAGGCCCAAGGAGGAGGAUUAUCAAUGAUGAGGACAUUGAGAUUCCCGAUGAAGAGACAUCAGAGCUGAAUGUCAAAAUUCCUGGUGCAGCUACAGCUAGGAAAGGGAGGAAAUGGAGUAAAGCUAGUAGGAAGGCAGCGAGACUCCAGGCUGCCAAAGAUGCGGCUCCUGUUAAAGUAGAAAUUUUGGAGGUAGAAGAAAAUGGUAUGUUGAUAGAAGAGUUGGCUUACAAUCUGGCUAUCAGUGAAGGUGAAAUUCUUGGGUAUCUAUAUUCAAAAGGAAUUAAACCAGAUGGGGUGCAAACUUUAGACAAAGACAUUGUUAAGAUGGUUUGUAAAGAGUAUGAUGUGGAAGUUCUUGAGGUCGAUCCAGUUCGAGUAGAAGAAAUGGCAAAAAAGAAGGAAAUUCUUGAUGACGAAGACUUGGACAAGCUAGAAGACAGGCCUCCUGUCCUUACUAUAAUGGGGCAUGUGGAUCAUGGGAAGACAACUCUUCUGGAUUACAUUCGAAAGAGCAAGGUGGCUGCUUCAGAAGCUGGUGGAAUUACACAAGGAAUUGGGGCAUAUAAGGUGCUAGUGCCAGUUGAUGGCAAGUUACAACCAUGUGUUUUCCUUGACACUCCUGGGCAUGAGGCAUUUGGGGCAAUGAGAGCUCGUGGAGCACGGGUUACGGACAUUGCUAUCAUUGUAGUGGCUGCUGAUGAUGGGAUUCGUCCUCAAACAAAUGAGGCCAUCGCCCAUGCUAAAGCAGCUGGAGUGCCAAUUAUAAUAGCUAUAAACAAGAUAGAUAAAGAUGGUGCUAGUCCAGAACGAGUGAUGCAAGAGCUUUCUUCAAUUGGUCUGAUGCCUGAAGAUUGGGGUGGUGACAUCCCAAUGGUCCAGAUUAGCGCACUCAAAGGGGAGAAUAUAGAUGAUUUAUUGGAAACUGUUAUGCUUGUUGCAGAGUUGCAAGAUUUGAAGGCUAAUCCUCAUAGAAAUGCAAAGGGUACAGCAAUUGAGGCAGGUCUUCAUAAAUCUAAAGGAGCUGUAGCUACAUUUAUUGUGCAGAAUGGCACACUUAAGAGAGGGGAUGUUGUUGUUUGUGGAGAAGCCUUUGGAAAGGUACGGGCGUUGUUUGAUGAUGGUGGAAAUCGUGUUGACGGAGCUGGGCCAUCAAUACCUGUGCAGGUUAUUGGAUUGAAUAAUGUUCCAAUUGCUGGUGAUGAAUUUGAAAUUGUUGAUUCCAUUGAUGUGGCACGUGAAAGGGCAGAGGCACGUGCUGAGUCGUUGCGGAACAAACGAAUAUCAGCCAAGGCUGGAGAUGGAAAGGUCACACUUUCUUCCUUAGCUUCUGCAGUUUCGGCAGGAAAGCUGUCUGGAUUGGAUUUGCACCAGCUUAAUAUUAUUAUGAAGGUUGAUGUUCAGGGAUCCAUUGAAGCUGUCAGGCAAGCCUUGCAGGUGCUCCCUCAAGAUAAUGUAACCUUGAAGUUUCUCCUUGAAGCAACUGGCGAUGUUAGUGCCAGUGAUGUUGAUCUUGCAGUUGCUAGCAAAGCAAUUAUUUUUGGAUUUAACGUCAAAGUACCAGGUUCUGUUAAGAGCUAUGCAGACAACAAAGGCGUAGAGAUUCGGCUAUAUAGAGUUAUCUAUGAACUUAUUGAUGAUGUACGAAAUGCAAUGGAAGGACUCCUAGAGCCUGUUGAGGAACAAGUAACAAUUGGCUCAGCACAAGUUCGAGCUACAUUCAGCAGUGGAAGUGGUCGUGUUGCUGGUUGUGUAAUAACAGAGGGAAAAGUGGUGAAAGGCUGUGGAAUUCGUGUUAUUCGAAAUGGAAAAACAGUCUAUGUUGGUGUACUUGAUUCUUUGAGGCGGGUUAAGGAAGUUGUGAAAGAGGUAAAUGCUGGACUUGAGUGCGGUAUUGGGAUGGAAGACUAUGACAACUGGGAAGAAGGAGAUAUCAUCGAGGCCUUCAACUCAGUUCAGAAGAAGCGAACCCUUGAAGAGGCAUCAGCUUCAAUGGCAGCUGCCUUGGAAGAGGUUGGCAUUGGAGUAUAGAGGCGGCUAGUUAAAGAAUGGGUUGCUUGUUAUUCCUGACAGAAUCAAUGCAUCCGCAGCAAAGAUGCACGGUGCCGUUGAUCGGUGGUUGACAUUGCUUUGCAGGUAUAAUAUCGAUGAGCUCCCUCCGCUGCAAUUUAUUUCGGAGUGCAGGGUGUUAACAAGGUUGCAGUCACUUGGUCCAUUGUUGUAAGCUAUUGUGCUGUAUAUAUUUAAUAUCUCAAUUUGUCAUCUGUAAAGAGUGAACACUUAAGUUCCUCAAGAUACAAUGCAGAAAAUACAAUGUAAUAUCUAACUGAAGAAAAGAAAUGGAGAUCAAAAGUUCAGUUUUGUCUUA